AGUGACAGUUAAUUGGCUGACAUCUGGUGGGCGGGGACUGCUCGCAGUGACGUCAAACAGCACACAGCCCUUGACUUUGCCUGAAGAUGUUGGGAGCCGUGCUCAGGAGCAGCGGCGUGCGCCUAUUGGCUGGGAGAUCAGCGGUUCCCGUCCCUCAGUCUCUGGGGAGCAGGAGAUGGCAGUGCAGCAAACCGGAGGGGGACACGGCCAAAUCGGAAGGUCCGUCCUUUAAGAUUCCUGGACACAGACCCACCAACUUUGAGAAGAAGAUUUUGAUCUGGGGAGGACGAUACAAGAACGAGUCUGAAAUUCCUGAAAUUGUGUCCUACGAGAUGGUGGAUUCAGCGAAAAGCAAAGUGCGAGUCAAGUUCUCGGUGCUGAUGAUGCUUCUGACCAUCGUGGGCUGCAUCGGCAUGGUGAUAUCUGGGAAGCAGGCCGCCAAGCAGCAGGAAAGUCUGGCCAAGAUGAACCUUGAGAGAAAGGCUCGUCACAAGGAGGAAGCUGAGAAGUAGCCGCAGCACAGAGUAUUAUGAGCAAGCACAGGACCUCACCCUCAAAUGAUGUGUAGAUUUUAGCUGGAGUGAUUUCUGUUUUCCAUUUGUGACAAUGAGCUCUCCCUGUGCUGUGUUCUAGCCAUUUACAGUGAGGGAUGGGAGAGGGCCCCUAAAGCCUCAAGCACCUUAUAUGUGUGGCCAGAAGGCACAACUCCACAAAAACCUGAAAAUGGAGGCCUCAUCCUCCUCCCUAUAUAAUACAUUAGUCCAGAAGCUGAGAUCCAGGCUGCUGUAUGGAUUUUCCAAGAUAUUAUUAUUAUUUUUUUUUACUGUUUUGGAAGGCCUCUGCUCCUGUGAGGGCCACGGCCAUCUCCAUGCUCACCAAGCACAGCGCCGUACAUUGUGUAGUGGCCGUACAUGGUAUUGCACUCAGCCCCAUUCACUUCCAUGGGGCUGAGCUGCUCCUAGGCCACGUGACCGAUCAACAUGUUAUCACUGGCCUUAGAAAAGCGUCUUCUCAAACAGCUGAUCCUGGGUGUCAUGGCCCCACCAACCAGAUACUGAUGACCUAUGCUGAGGAUAGAUUUUCAGUAUAUCUCGGAAAACCCCUUUAAUCUGUCAUUGUCAGGGUGUCACAGACAUGGACAGGGCCCUGCAAACAGCAGCCCAGACCUCAGCUUUCUGAGAGGAUAUGAUAUGGGAGAGGAGUAUCGAGUCUAGCUCCAGGCAUUUUCAGGUUUUGGGAGGAGGGCACGGUCAUAGAAUUGAAUGUUACACUGGUAUCUGCUAUCAUUUCACUGCAAUCUUAUGAGAAUCUUUAUCAUUUGUACAAAUAAACGAACCAUCAGCUCUG